CCGCCCGCCAGCCCCGGGCCCUUCGCCACCCGCUCGCCCCUCUUCAUCUUCGUGCGGAGGUCGCCGCUGCUGUCGCGCUCCUCCAGCGGGUACUUUUCCUUCGACGCCGAGCGCAGCCCCGCGCCCCUCAGCUGCGACAAGGCCACGCAGACCCCCAGCCCGCCCUGCCAGGCCCUCAGCCACUGCCUCAGCGCCAUGGCUUCCCGGUGGCAGUCUCACUCGUUAGCAGAAGAUGUACAGCCUGAAAUCUGGAUUGCACAGGAGCUGCGGCGCAUUGGAGACGAGUUCAAUGCCUCCUAUUGUCCAAGAAGGGGUUUCUUGGAUAACCAGGCGGGAAACCCCCAGAUUGUCAUUCUGCGCCUCCUGCGUUACAUCAUCCGCCUCAUCUGGAGGAUGCAGUGAGCGCAUCCUGACCUGCGGGGACUUGUUUACUUGUUGGGAAAUCCCAGGGAGGACGGACGGACGGACAGACAGACGCAGGGCUCCCUGUGCUGCCCGACUCCUACCCUGCCUCAUCCCAGGACCUGUGGCUGUCAGAUGAGGGUGGACGUCCCACACCGCACCUGCUGGAAACCUCCGAUGCAGGACUUUGUCAGAGAGUGGCGUUUACUGUGUUUCUUUCAACUCUUAUUAUUUUUUUUACUUUUCUGGUAGAGUCUCAGAGGAAAAAAAAAAAUUCAAUGGCAGUGGAAUAAUGUUUUUUUUUGUCAUCGUUUCUGGAAACCCGUCGGCUCAUCUGGGAUAAACCCUGCAGCGGGGAAAAGGAAAACCUGAGCCAGCUGAUGGGCAGAGCUGCCUUAGUUUGCCUCGCAGACCUUAUUGCAGAGACUCGUGGAGCUCUCCCUGCUCCCUUUGCCUCCUGGGCAUUUGCCCACAAAAAAAGAAUGGCCGUGAUGGAAGAAGGGCAGAGGGAUUUAAAUCAGCACUUCUUUUACCUGUAAAUACCUAAUGCUACCCCAAAUCCACCUUCAUUUGCAUCAUGCAAGUAGCCUAUUUCCUGCUGACUGAUUUAUUUUUUUAUAUAUAUUUUUUUUCUACACUCUGGAUUUCAAGACUUAGCUGCCAGACUCCCGGGGUCCAAAAUAUCACAACCAACCAACCAAACAAAAAAAAAAAAA